AGGAAACCUUAUAUGGUAAUUAAAUCCAAUUAUCCUAAAAUAGAAAUAUUUUCUGAAUUGGAUGAAGAAGAAUUAGGAGGAAUAACAUUUCAAUACUUCUUGGGCAUUCUAAAUCAGGAUAAAACUAAAUCAGAGAAAAAGGAUGCUAUUAGAAGAGUUUACAGAAAGUAUGAUAAAAGCAACAAAGGAUACAUCACUUUACAAGAUCUCAGAUAAGUUGUGUAUAAAGAUUUAAAAGAGGAUAUUGAUGAAGAAGUAUUGGCUGAAGUAAUAGAAUAAAUCCGAUAUUCAAGAUCUUUAGAAAGACUGACUCUAAUCAAGAUGGAAAAAUGACAUUUGAAGAUUUUUAUAACGUCAUUACCAAAAAGGUGUAUUAUUGAUAUUAUUUAUCCGUAC